AUGGUGGGACUUCGUGUCCCCCCUGCUGAUGCGGCUGGUCAAAACGUUGUGGAGGGGCUUGGAAUUGGUCAUGCUGAAACAUUGACUGCUGCAUCGAAGGCUGGUCAAAAUGGUCCUCAGCUGCGGGCAUCUCGUCGUCCUCUUCGUCAUCUUCUUCCUCUUGUUCCUCUGCGUCGUCACCUUCAUCAUCACCGAAUUCUGGAAAUACACCUGCUUGGGUUAACUGAUAUGGAAGAAGCCAAGUAUCCGGGUCGUUUGUGUCGAAUGAAGAACCGAUCCAACUUGGUAGGAUGUAAACCCGGGCUUUGUCAAAGUCUAACCAAUUGUACGUGCGGGUUCCCCGAUGGAGCAACAUCUCCAUCCGAAUGA